AUGUUUCGUACCGAAACGUCAACACAAGAUAAGCCAGUCACUGUAAAUGCCGAAGUCGAUGUUACACAAAACUCUUUAUCGAUCUACUCAACUUUGAAAGCGAUAUCCUCUGGUUUGAAAGUCCCCAUAGGUCUUCUCUUCAGGCAAGGAUUUUCUGUCCACGCUGCUGCCAAUAUUCAAGUCCAAUCGGCACGGAAAAUUACUAAACCGUUGGGGGCUGGACACGUGAUUCACGUGGUUCACAUAUCUUUCGGGAUACUUGCUUUCAAUUUAACAGCACAGGAAAACUUAUCACCCUUUUUUCAGAAUCCCACCUACCCGUCAAAAGUGUUUGGUCUCGUUCACUUGGAAGAGGAUAGUUUCAUAACAGUUAGAGCUAAAUCAAACCAAAUGGUCAUCGGAAAAAAUUCUUAUACAAUUGUUAAAAUGUUCUAA